GUACGAGAUACUAAGUCGUACGUACGACAUAAUAAGUCGUAAGAACGAGAUACUAAGUCGUACGUACGACAUAAUGAUUUAUCUAUAAUUCAUGAAGCAUCGAUAAAGUAUGGACGGUGUAAAAACUGUCGACGCGCUUGUGAAGAAAUAUUUUUUGUUAGGAUUUAACCACAACGAAAUAUUACAGUGUCUAGUUUCGAACAAUGGAAUUGUUAUAAGCAUCAGAAGCUUGAGACGACUCUUGGCUAAAAUGAAGCUCUUUCGCCGCAAGCAUUAUUCAGAUAUUUUUGAUGUGGCUAUGUUUGUAAUGGAACAGAUUGAAGGAUCGGGUCAGUUAUAUGGAUAUAAACUAUUACAUUUAAAAUGCAUCAAGAAUGGUUUUGUUGUUAACCAGGAAACUAUAAGAUUCUUGCUUCAAAUAGUUGACCAAGAUGGCGUUGAAACAAGACAGAGAAACAGGUUGCAAAGGAGAAACUACUUUGGCUGUGGUCCGGAUUUUACAUGGCACGUAGAUUCGUACGAUAAAUUAAAGCCAUAUGGAUUCUGCAUAAACGGUUGCAUAGAUGGGUUCUCACGAAAAAUUAUAUGGCUGGAAGUUUACACUUCAAAUAAUAAUCCUAAUUUGAUCGCCAGUUAUUAUGUGAACGCAGUAAAAUGUCGACAAGGCUGCCCCAAAAGGUUACGAUUAGAUCGUGGAACGGAAAACAGUUCAAUUGCUCAAAUGGAAAUGUUCUUUAGAUACGAAGAUGAUGAUGACGACCUUACCAACUGUGUCAUAUUUGGAUCAAGCAACCAUAAUCAAAGGAUUGAAUCAUGGUGGGGGUAUUUUCGGAAGCAUUGUGGCCAAUAUUGGAUGAACACCUUCCAAAAACUUCGUGAUGAAGGAAAUUUUACCUGUGACUUUGUAGACAAAAGUAUUCUUCAAUUUUGUUUUAUGCAAACAAUUCAGGACGAAAUUAAUGAAGUAGUAGAAAUCUGGAACACCCAUCGUAUACGCCCAUAUAGAAUUCAAAUAAGCCCAAGUGGACGUCCAAACAUUAUGUACAAUCUUCCACAUUUAUAUGGAGCACAAAGCCAUUUAUGCAGAGUUACAGAGGAGCAGAUAGCUGUUUGCGAGAGUGAAUGCACUCCAAAAACCGAUUUUCCAUGUGAUGAAACAGUAUUUGAGUUGUGUUGUUUUCUUAUGGAAGAAGCCGGUUAUGACACGCAUGUACCACAAGACACAAAUGAAAAAGAACAGUUAUACAUUUUUCUACGAGAUGCAGUACGACUCCAGCUACGGUUAUAGAAUCACAUACAUCCGCCAGAUUACAUGAAUCGCAUCUUUUCUUCAGUUUUUUUGUUUUGUAAAUUUGUUCAACAUAUGUAAUAAAAGAGAUUAAUGAAA